CUCUCUAAACCCACUCUUAAACCCCUGUUUUGUACCCCCCCUAAAAACACACAAACAACAACUAGCUAUAUACCAAACACAAAACAACAAAAUACAAUUUUAAGAAAAAAAUGGAGAAUGUUACAAACAAAAUUACAAACACGUCAAUUUCCUCUCCUCUAUUUUUUAACUCUUCAACUUCUUCACAACCAACUUUGGUUCCUCAAGUUGUCAUGAGUCCUUGUGCUGCUUGCAAAAUUUUGAGAAGAAGAUGUGCUGAAAAAUGUAUGUUGGCACCUUAUUUUCCUCCCACUCAACCUUCCAAAUUUACCACUGCUCAUCGUGUAUUUGGUGCUAGCAACAUCAUUAAGAUCUUACAGGAACUUCCAGAGUCUGAAAGAGCUGAUGCAGUUAACAGCAUGGUUUAUGAAGCCAGUGCAAGAAUUAGAGACCCUGUAUAUGGAUGUGCAGGUACAAUUUGUCACCUCCAAAAGCAAGUCAAUGAGCUUCAAGCACAAUUAGCUAAGUCACAAGCUGAACUUAUUAACAUGCAAUUGCAACAAUCCAAUCUACUAUCUCUUAUUUACAUGGAAAUGAAUGAAACUCCAAAUGAAUCAUCACCACAAGAAUCAGUUGACAAUUUCAUUUCUAGUCCUAACUACAGCAGUGAUUAUCAAAAUAAUCUCAACUUCUUUGAGGAGAACACUAACCCAAAUUUAUUGUGGGAGCCUCUUUGGACAUGAAGAAUAAGAACUAUAUGGAUUUAAUUUAGAUCAUAUAUUAUAUGGCAUUUCAGAAG